CAGGUACAGCCACAGCUGUUUGGUACCAGAGUGAAACCAGAAAUGUGUUACAACAAGUACCUGAUUAAGCUGGCGGACUAUUUCCGAUUGUGCUUUGCAGCAUCUCGUUAAGUGCCGAUUUGACCACUUUAUUCGAAAUGAUUAACUACAGGAAAAUUGUAUUUACCAAACUGUUACUUUGCUUUUAUAUGUCGGGUGCGUGGGGACGAUCAUGGGCUAACCAUCAUGACACGACUACGUCGACAACGCAAACUACUCCCACUACUAGUCCUAUACCAAAGAAUUUCCAUAAUGAUCCACUUAUCGUAGAAACCAAGAGCGGUCUCGUUAAAGGCUGCGAAACAGUAAUGGGCCGAGAGGUACAUUUUACCGGCAUCCCAUUCGCUAAACCUCCCCUCGGACCUCUCAGGUUUCGAAAACCAGUUGCAAUUGAACCGUGGCAUGGGGUUUUGGAAGCCACGUCGAUGCCAAAUAGUUGUUACCAAGAAAGAUACGAAUACUUUCCCGGAUUUGAAGGGGAGGAAAUGUGGAACCCGAACACAAACAUAUCAGAGGAUUGUCUCUAUCUGAACAUAUGGGUGCCGCAACACUUAAGGGUUCGCCAUCACCAAGACAAGCCUCUUACAGAGAGACCUAAAGUGCCAAUAUUAGUCUGGAUUUACGGUGGUGGCUAUAUGAGUGGAACGGCUACACUUGACCUAUAUAAAGCGGAUAUAAUGGCUUCUUCCAGUGAUGUUAUAGUAGCUUCUAUGCAGUAUAGGGUUGGCGCAUUUGGAUUUUUAUAUUUGAACAAAUAUUUCUCUCCUGGGAGUGAGGAGGCGCCAGGCAACAUGGGAUUGUGGGAUCAGCAGCUCGCAAUUCGUUGGAUUAAGGAUAACGCACGUGCUUGGGGUGACCCUGAUUUAAUUACUUUAUUUGGGGAGUCAGCUGGUGGCGGUAGUGUAAGUUUGCAUAUGCUUUCACCAGAAAUGAAAGGAUUAUUUAAAAGAGGAAUACUUCAGUCGGGAACUUUGAAUGCUCCUUGGAGCUGGAUGACUGGGGAGAGAGCGCAAGAGAUUGGGAAGGUGUUAGUUGAUGAUUGUAAUUGCAACAGCAGUCUAUUGUCUGCCGAUCCUAGCUUAGUUAUGGAUUGUAUGCGUGGAGUCGAUGCGAAGACAAUAUCAGUACAACAAUGGAAUUCGUAUACUGGUAUCUUGGGAUUCCCUUCGGCACCGACUGUUGACGGAAUAUUCUUACCUAAAGAUCCCGAAACCAUGAUGAAAGAAGGCAGCUUUCAUAACACCGAAGUACUUCUGGGAAGUAACCAAGAUGAAGGCACAUAUUUUUUGCUGUACGAUUUCCUUGACUACUUCGAAAAAGACGGGCCAAGCUUUUUGCAGAGGGAAAAGUUUUUAGAAAUCGUUGAUACAAUAUUCAAAGAUUUCUCAAAAAUUAAGAGAGAAGCAAUUGUGUUCCAAUACACAGACUGGGAAGAAAUAACUGAUGGGUAUCUAAACCAGAAGAUGAUUGCUGACGUAGUGGGCGACUACUUCUUCGUCUGCCCCACUAACUACUUCGCGGAAGUGCUCGCUGACUCAGGGGUCGAUGUCUACUAUUAUUACUUCACGCAC